UUGCAGGGCGCUUGGGUGGGAGGAGGGAGCCCAUUGGCUGAAAGUUGGAGGCCUCCAUGGGUUGCGCGACCGUUGCUGGCCGAGAGUAAGGGCGUCCGUUGGGUAUGGAAGGGGAAGAUCCGGCAGGGGUUCGAGAGGCUGAUGGCAGCCCCCGCGCUCUUUCAAAGGCUCAGGAACAAGAACAAAGUUAUGACAUAGGUGAAUGUUAUAAGUGUCAAGAUGAGAACAAAAACCUACAUGCUAAACUGAUGGAGGAACAAAAGCAGUUAUUAGAAGACUUGCAACAAAAAGUGGAAACUACGUUUCAAGAGGAGCUGCAGCUAGCUGAGGUCCCAGAUAAUCUUAAAUUGGAAGCUAUAAGACUAAGUUCAAAUAACAUAUGCACAUCUCAGAUGGAGCUAAUGCAAACGAAUCUGAUAAAGGAGAAGGAAACUGCCUUAAUGGAGCUCCGUGAAAUGCUCAAUGAUAAGCAUGCUCAAGAAAUUGCAGUUCUGCAAAGUCGAUACCAUUUUGAAUUGGAGCACGUAAACAAACAGAAUCAGAAAGAAAAGGAAGAAAUGGUUUUGAAACAUCAACUUGACAUGGAUGAAAUGAAGAAGAAAAUAAGUCUGGAAAUGGAGGAGAAGCAUAUUCACAUUUUGGAGACUCUUAAAAAGGAAUGGGCCUUGAAUGUAGAUGUCAGUUUAAAAAAUGUAUCUGAAGAGUUAUCUGUAAAACAUCAGACUGAACUGAACGAGCUGAAGCAAAACUUAACAGCAGAAACUGAAGAAUUAAAGAAAACAAUGGAGACACUUUCUCUUGAAAAAAGAGAGGCUGCAAUGGAACAUAAAAAUCUAGAAAAUAAAUACCAUCUAACCAUGAAAACACUGCAGAUCAAGCAUGAAAAAGAAACGCAAGAUAUAAAAGAACAAAACAAGAAACAAGUAGAAGAGUUGCAGCAGGAGAUACAGAAACUAAAGGCAGAAUCAGAAGAAGAAAUGACGCAGCUUUGGUCACAAUUGGAUGGCGCAAGGGCAAGUCGGCAAGAAUUAAGUGAACUGAAAAUACAGCUGCUUGCUCGUACCUCACAUGUGGAAGAACUGGAAUAUCUUAAAAAAGAUUAUCAACUUAAAUGGGAUAAAAAAAAGACUGAACAUGAAAUUGAGUUGGAACAACUAAGACUUUAUUUUGAACAGAAAUUAAAGUCUGUGGAAGAAAAUUACAGAGAAGAAUUAACAAUGUUGCAUCAGAGAUUGCAAGAAGUAAAAGAUUAUUCCAUAGAGGAGAUGGAAAAAUCACAAGAACAAGAUAUGGAAUUUGGCCCUUCUAUUACACUAUUGGAAGAAAUGACAGAAAGAGAGAGAUUGGAUUUGUUUGAACAGUUAACUCAGCAAUUGGAGCACUAUAAGGAAGAACUUCGUUCUUUACAACUGCGUUUGGAUAAAAAACAUUUACAUGAGAUUGAGUUAUUAAGAUCUACUCUCACACUCCAGUAUCAAGAGAAUAUUAUGAAGCUGAAACUGGAGCUCUCAGAUAGAUAUACUUCUGAAAUAGAACAACUGAAAAAGAAGCAUUGUUUACAUCUUGAACAGCUCCAUGCAAAAAUUUCAGAAGAACAUCUCAAAGAGAUUUCUAAAAUUCGUCAACAAAGUACUCAAGAUGCUAGACGUCAGAUAGAAACAGAAGUGGCACAGCGACUCUUGUUAUUAGAGAAUGAAUACAAGAAUGCCCUGGGUUGUCUUCAGCUUGAGAAGCAAUCCGUUUCUAGUCAACAAGAAGAAAUAGAAGAACUGAAGAAAAAAAAUUCUGAAUUAAAAGAAAUCGGCAUAGUACAAGAAAAGAAUGUGAAAGAAGAAUUAGAACAGAUUAAGCAUAAACUAAUUGAAGAUGAUACAGCUGAAUUAAAAACUAGAAAAUUGCUCCAGGAAGUGGAACAGACUCAUAAAGCAGAAGCUGAAGAAUGGAGACAUGAAAAGGAGAUACUGGUAGCAGAAGCUGAAGAACAAUUAUUAUUACUUCGUAAAGAGCUUCAGAACAAGGCAGAAUAUGAGAAGCAAACAUGGCAAAGACAGUUUGACUUUCGAGAAGCAGAAAUGACUUGUCUUCAAGAACAGCAGGCUGCUCUAAUUGUAGAAUUACAGAAAACUCUAAAGGAGCAACAGAAUACUAUCCAGCAGUUAGAAGACAGUUUAGUGAAUACACAGAAGACUUUGGCUCAAUGUAACAGUGAAUUAUCUUCCACAAAGACCCUCAUGGCCGAAGAAUUAAAAAAAGCCAAACAAGUUUUAGAAGAAGAAUAUAAGGCUAAACAUAAAGAAGCACAAAGCAGGGAUAAACUACAAGAAUCUUGUCAGAUGGCUUUGAAAUUACUUCUGACAAUGGUGCAGUCCACAAAAGAUAUGGAAGAUCUUAUCUUCAAGAAAAUUGGCCUUUGUCUUGAUGACAGCUUGGCAUCUGGAGUGUCGCAAGAGAUCAUAGCUGAAGAAACAUUACUUUCACACCCAUUGAAAACAAUAGAUCAAUGGAAAUUAAAGAAUAACAAUAGAAUUUGCCAAGGUGAAGUUUCUGAUCAAACACUACAGGAACACAGCUUUGAUUCUUUGGAAUUGAGUGAGCAUUUAUGUGAAAGUAUUUUUGAAAAUCCAGAACUUAUAUUUGAAAAUGAAGAGAGGAUUAAAAAAAUUGGUCGUUGUUUAUAUAUUACUGUGGAGAAACUUCUUGAUAUGCUUGCUGAAUCAACCAAACAACUGGAGGAAAUGCACAAUAUCCAUAGUAAUAUUAAAGAGGAAUGCAAGAAUAAGAAUUGGGAAGCAUGCCAAAUGCUUAAUGAACAGCAUGGAUUAAUGGGAUUUUUUGAUGAAGAGAGUAAAGCUCAGAAUCAACUUGUGUUAGAGCUUCAUAAAGCAAAAGGUCUCAUUGAAGGUUAUUUAACAGAAAGACAUACUUUUGAAGAAGCUUUAAAUCUUAAAGAAGAAUCUGAGCGUUGUCUUGUUGCAGACUUGGAAAAGCUUAAAGCACAGAUUCAGAAGUUAACCCAGCAUAAUGCAAGAUAUGCAGAGGAACAAAAAUUACUAAUAAAUCAAAAUAGAGCUUUGGCUGCCAACGUGGGAGAAAGAGAAGUUGAAUUAAUCAAAGAGAUAGAUCGUCUAGCAAAAACAAAUUUGGAAUUGCAAUGUCAAGCAGAGAAAGAUUGUUCAAACUUGAAUGCACAGAUGAAAAUCUUGGAGAUUGAACUUGAAGACCAGUUAAACAAAAAUCAAAAUCUAGCUGCAAUGGCAUCUGAAGUUAUUGACCUAAGACAACAAAUGGAAGCUCUUGAAAGACAGCUGAAAAAUCAGAGAGAUUUCAUGGAUAAGCAAGCUAUUGAAAGGGAACAUGAACGUGAUGAGUUUCAAGAAGAAAUUUGGAAACUAGAAAUGGAAUUAAAACUUACAACAAAAUCUCAAGCUUCUGGAAAGUCCAGAACCGAUCUGGUAGAAUCUCUCCACAAUGAAAUAAAAGAGAGAGUGGAUGAUUAUAACAGGCUUUUUACAGAAAAAGAGCAAAUAGAGAAACUCCUUGCAGCUCGUAAUGAAGAAAUAGAAAAGUUGGAAGGACAAGUCAUGGAGUUUCAAUGUCUGAAUAAGGAGGUGGCAAAGAAUGUUGAUAAACUCAUGCAGGAACUGGAAAAAAUGAAAAAAAGGGAAAUUGAAUUAAAAGAAGAUAAAGGAACAUUGCAGCAGCAACAUAACAAACAUUUAAUUCUGAUUUCCACUUUGCAAUCUAAACUAGAUGAAGUUAGACAUAGAGUACUUAUUGAUACUAAUAAGGAUCAUAUGCUAAAGGAACAACUAAAAAUGCAAGAAGAACUUACUACAAAAAAAGGAGAGGUUGCUGAUUUAUUAGAACAACUUGGAAAAUUUAAAGAUAAUUUAAUGAAUAAAAAUGAAGAAAUCUUACAGCUGAAAUCAAAGUUAGAAGUGGAAAAAAAUGCUAACAUCAACAAACUAAUCCAAUUGAAAGAAGAAAAUGCACAUCUGAAAGAAAACAUUGAAAAAUUGGCCAUACAAUGUCAAAAUCCAGGUGAAAAUGAGCUGGUUAUUCUGCAGUUCCUCAAAUCCUUGCUUGAAGAAAAAAAUCAAGAAACUGAUCACCUGAAUGAACAAAUUGAGAGACUGGAACAAAAAAUAGAGAGUAGCAAGGAAAAUGAGGUUCUCAAAAAGCAAAUGCUUGAAACCGAAGUCAUGAAAUCAACUAUAGAAGAACUUCAUAGUGAGAAGGAGCAUUUGUUAAGAAAUAAAGCAGAAGAAAUCGAAGAACUUCAUAAAAUAAUUAAGAAGCUUCAGAAGGAGUCAGGAGCUCUUAUACCCAUCCAUCAUGGAACUAAAAAUGGGCAAGGCAACCCAAAUUAUUUUUCUUUGGAAGAACCAGAAGAGAAUCUUAAUAAAUUUAAGGAAGGGUCACAAAGUGUUUUAGAAAACAAAAAUGGUGAUGGCAACUGUGUAUGGCUUAGUACCAGUCAGAAUGAACUUCAGAGACAACUAGAAAUGUCUUUGAUGGAUAAAGAAACUUCGCAGCAGCUGCUUAAUGAAAACGAAUCUCAGUUUAAAAUGGAAUUUAAAAUCCUAGAACAAAAUCUUGAAACUCUUCAGGAAUCUCCUAGGCAACAUUGUUCUGAGCUAACAUCUUUACAGUUGUUAUACAAAGAACUACAAGAACAACACAUGCUUCUGAAGGUGUAUGUAAUGCAAAAGGAAGAUGAAAUGAAAGAGAUAAAUUCAUGUAGUCAGGAUCUUGAAGUUCACCAAAGAGAGAGAGAAAUGAAACUGUUAGGGACAGAACUACAACUCCAAAUAGAGCAGAAUGUAGAGCAAGCAGCUAAAGUUCAGCAUAUGACCGAAAAUAUUGUGAAACUUGAAAAUGAACUUAAAAUUAUGACACAAGCAGUGCACAAUAAUGAGACCACUUAUCAAAGAAAGAUAAAUGAACUUCAAGUUACUGUUGCAGAACUGAAGGCUGAAAUUGAGAAAAAGGUGGAAGAACUGGAAUUACUAAGAUCUGAAAAAGAUAUGUUUCACUCACAGCUGAAGAUCCCCAUAGAAAAUGACCAAGACAAUUACCAGAAAGAAAUUGCAUGCCCUAAGACCCUUGAUGUUGAUGUCUUUUUACCCUCUGAAGAAAAAGAGAAAGGGGGAGAAGAAAGAGAUUUAAGUAAUAUGCUUUCAGCAUCUGUUGAUUUUUUUAUUCCAAUGGAAGAAGAUAGUGUGAAUAAUCUGCAGAUCUCGAGCAGAAAUCCAAAUAUUCACAAUAAACAACUGCAAGACAUCCCUUUCAUUCAGAGGAAGCAAACAGACUGUAGUGACGUACAGCAAAAUCUGAAACUUCGUUUUAAAAAUACGUGUCAAUCAAAUCAGGAUUCUCAAAAUUCACAAAUCUCUCAAACAACACCAAAUUGCUUUCAGAAUAUAAUCAUGAAUAAAACUUUGUGGGAUUCUCCUGAGAAUAUGAGAAAGGAGAACCCAAAUUUAGAGUUUCAAGCAAGUCUUUCCCUAACACCCUUCUCAGAAGUUGAUGUUAUGCAUAGUAUAGCCUUUGAAAGCCUAUGCUCGGAGAACUCAAUCAUCCAGGAAGACACUCCUAGAGUUUUAGAAUAUCCAGUUUCUUAUUCUAAUAGCAAUGAGGAUACAGCAGCCAAUCCCCACGUCUUGUCUUCUGUGUUCUCAGAACCCACCUCUUCUGUUAACAAGUGCAGUGGUCUACAAGAAAAUGUAUCAAUAAACAACACUGAAAUCUCUCUGAUACCACCUGAGUUACAAGAUGGUCUGAAAGUGACAAUGUCCAGACUUCAUCAUGCAAGCACUGAAUAUGGAAGCAAUACUAGUUUAGAUUUGAUUCUUCAGCUUAAUCAGGCAGAGCCAAAAAAUAAGGUAUGCCAAAACAGCAAUGUCAUGGCUCCUCUGCAGUGUUUUGGAAUGACUCCAGAUGUCACUGCACCAACUUUACAAGAAACAGAAAUGAUGUCACAACAAUUGAAGACUGUGCUGAAGAUGGUAUAUGAUGAGAGUUACAAAAUGCUUGUUCUAUCAGAAAAAUCACUACCUCUUGAUGAUGGUGAUAAGAUUCAACAAGGUCCAUCAGUGGAGGGUUGGCAAAGAGAGAGACUAAUAUUGGUUGAUAUAAUACAAUCACUGAAGAAUAAUCUCAAACAAUCUAAUAAAGAAAACAAGGAGGAGCAGCAACCAAAGAGAGUCAUGGAACAUCUUUCAUCCUCAGAUAGGAACAGCUUGCUGUCUGAUAUGCAGGAUCUUGAAGUUCAGUUGAGACUUACACAACUUCAAAGCCAAGAGAAGUUACAGGAACUCCAAGAAACACUUACAAAUACAGAGAAUCAUGGGAAAAAGCAAGAACAACAGCUUCAAAGACAGGUUGAACUUCUGGAAUACAAACUUCAGCAACAACAAUCCAUUGCAAAUGACUUGCAGGCUUCCCUAAAACAUGAACAAGAGAAAGCUUCUGAAAUGCACGAAUUGCUGAAACAGGAACAUACUGCAAUAUUGAAUUUGAAAUCAGAUCUUUGUGAGAGCAAACAAACAAAUGAGAGAUUAGAAAAAUCUUUACAAAAAAACCAAAAUGAAGUAAUUAAAUACAGUUCUGCAUUGGAAAAUAAAGAGAGAAGUAUUACAGCAGCACUUGAGAAUUUACAGAGGGAAUAUCUUAAAAACAAAGAAUUACAGAUUAAGUUGGAUGAACAGCAAAAACAGCAUAAAAUAAAAGAGGAUGAAAAAUCAAAAGCUAUAGAGGAGUUGCAAGCUGCCUUGGAGUUACAGUGUAUUCAGAACAAUCAAUUAACUGUGGCUUUAGAGCAUGAACAGUCAGCAAACAGUAAUCUCCAUAAAGAACUCCAAAUUGAACAUUCUCGGUGCGAGGCUUUAUUAUCCAAGGAUCAGAAUAAACUGUUGGAACUGCAGAAAAAUUUAGAUAUUGAGAAAAAACAAAAUGCAGACAUGUUAACUGCCUUGAACCAUGAACGUGUUUUGACAGAACAACUGACUAUGAGAUUAAAUGAAUGUGGAUCUUGUAAACAUAAAGAUUCAAUGCAGGAAUUGCAAGAACAAUUGCAUUUAGAAAAGUCCAAUUCUAUGAAACUUUUGGCUAUAAUUGAGAAAUCACAGCAGCAGAUAUUUGAUUCAAAAAAACACAUGGAAGAAAUGCAUCUGCAUUGUAAAGACUUUCAACAAGAACAAGCUCUCCAAAACACUAUUCAAGUUACAGGAUCAAUGAUGCAAAAUAAAAAACAAGAUGUUGUUCAUACUUUGGAGGUACAAAGAGAGAAAGAAGUAGAAACAAAAAUGGGGUGGAAACAAUUGCAGUCUGCUGUCAAAUCAAUGAGAGAUCAAGAGAUCAGGACAGUACAAGGAGAAAGAAAAAUGGCACAGGAGCAACAAACUGAAUGUCACUGUCUAAGGGCACUUCUAGAAGCUCAAGAAAAUCAAUCUGAGUCCACAUUACAAUAUUUGCAUAACUCUGUGAGGUUCAAGGAAUUGCAACAAAUGCUAGAAGAUCUGAAGAAUCAAGAAAAAUUACUAAAAAGAUAUAACCAAUUUCCAUCAAAAAAUAAUUACACUAACUUAACUUUUACAACUGAUACUGUAAGAUUGCAUGUUGAACAACAGAUAUUGGAAAACAUCAGAGAACAGCUGGUUCUUGUUGCUGCAUAUCUUUCUGAGUUCAUAUAUAAAACUAUAGACAAAACAGUAAAUUGGUCUGCAUCAAAUGACAAGAUAGUUGCAGCCUUACUUCAUAUACUUGAAAUCAAGGAAUUACUGGCUUCUUCCAAACCUGUGGUUAUCCCUACAAGUAUAAUUCACUCUAUGCAAGAAUCAGAAGGAUUUAUUCAUCAGGAUAAGUGUGGUUUACAGAAUGGUUUGAAAGCAACAAACUAUGCAGCAACCAAAACAAAUGUGCCAGAAAAUAAGCAAACUCUGAUGUCUACCCCAAAGAUACAAAAGCUAUAUCGUAAGUAUUUGAGAGCUGAGAGUUUUAGGAAGGCCCUGGUUUAUCAGAAAAAAUACCUUCUUCUGCUUUUGGGUGGAUUUCAAGAAUGUGAACAAGCAACAUUGUCCCUGAUAGCACGCAUGGGCAUUUAUCCUUCUCCUCCUGAUCUGAAUGUUUCUGAAACACGAAGCCAUUUUUUUACCAAGUUCAGAUCUGCAGUUCGUGUGGUCAUUGCGAUAUUAAGAUUAAAGUUUCUAGUGAGAAAAUGGCAUAAAGUAAAUAAGAAAGAAAUGCCACUGGAAGCCAUUUCUUCUAGCCUUGGACACAAUUCAUAUCCUGUAGCUAGUUUAGAAGUACAAAAGCAGCCACAGCCCUUCCCAAGUUAUGCUGCUCCAGAAGGUGAAUACUGCAACAGAAAUAAUCUCAUGAGACUUGCAAGCUGCACAGUUAAAUCCUUACACCAUUUACAUAACAGGUCUACCAGUUUUACUUCACAAACUUCAUCAAAAGAUACUGAAGAUUCAUUAACUGAAUACAUUGCACACUUGGAGGCAAUUCAGGAAAGACUAGGAAUUCUUCUGCCAGGACAAGCUGCAGAAGAAAAGUGUUAAAUAUAGUGAGUCUGAAUCUUGAAUCUGAACCAGAGUGCUUUGGUCACUGCUUUGUUCACCAGUGAAUGGCUUACUAGUGUUAUGCCCUGCGGAUCUUUCAACAUUGAUGUGGAUUUGAAUAAAGGGGUCUCUGUGUGAUAAAUUUUGCAUCAGCUUUUAUAAAAAAAAACUUUCUGUGUUUGAAUUUGCAUUCUAUACUGAUAUUUCAUAUAAAACGAUACUCUGUUUUUUAUCAAAAUUACUGGGAAGCUUGCAACUACAGCUUUCCUUUUUUUAUUAAUGCUAAGUAUCGAUGUAUGUUUUUAUUAAAAAAAAGUUCAAUUGAA